ACCCUUUGUUUAUACGACCCCACUGGCCUUGGUCUUGGUCUUUCUCUGCUCUCGUCUGGAAUCUGGAUGCCCAUUGGCCACAGCCACAAGACCCGCUCGCCAUAAGUCUCCGGCUCCAGCCUCUCUUCUGGUCACCGGCCCCUCCCCCUCCUCGCCGGACUUCGCGCUCCAGCUCCACGCUUCUCUCCCCGUCCCCAUCCGACCACCAGCCAGGCGAGGCAAGCCAUGGGCACCUUCUGGGAGUACGAAGAGUGGAACUGGACCAAGAUCGCCAUCUGGGCGGCGAUCCUGCUCGUGCUCGGGGGCGUCCUCGUCGUCCUCAUCCUCGCCUUCGCCGUCAUCAAGCCGCCGACGGCCAUGUCCGAGGACGCCCUGCUCACGCGCUUCGACCUCGCCCCGUCGCCCAACUCCACCACCGCCAAGUCGCCGCUCCAGCUGCUGUCCUACAACGCGACGGCGUUUGUGUCGACGCGCAACCCCAACCUGCACUACGCCAUCAGCUACGGGCUAGUGGCCGUGGCCUUCUCCUUCAACGGCACCCGCUUCGACGAGUCCGGCACCGUGGCGGCCUUCGACCUCGGCGCCCGGAAGGAGACCACGCUGCGCCUCAAGGUGGGCGGCGUCGACCGGGCGCUGCCGAAGCUGCCGCCCGCCGGCGCGGCGGAGUUCGCCAGGCAGAAGGAGGCCGGCAGGUUCGAGGUGGAGGUGCGGCUGGACACGGUGAUGCAGUACAAGGGGCGCAAGACCAAGUGCCCGCUGGCCGUCAUCUGCCCGGUGAGCCUGCAGCUGGUGGACCCGGACGUGGCCGCCACCUCCUUCCAGAAGUCCAAGUGCACCAUCCUCCGGGCCAAGAUCUCCGGCUGCUAGCCGGCAGCCCAUUGCUUUGCUUGCCACCAGCUAAUUUCCUUGGAUUUCGUUUCGUGCUGUAAAAAUGUAGUGUGUUGUCGACGGGUGCUGGGUUCGUCGCUAGUGCUGGUGCAGAACAAGCAUCAAUUCUGCUCCUCUUUCACAUGGGAAACGUGGGAUUUUUCAUUUGUUGGUGGUCGAUUAGAUUUAGAGGUUGCUGUUGCUGUACGUGCUUGGUACGGAGUAGAUUCGAUGCCAAUGUCAUGAUCAUUAAUCAAACUUGUUGCUUGCUCUGUGCUGAUUCA